ACUGCAUUGACAACUAGAAUGGAGUCUAACUGUCCCAUCUCGCUCAUACUAUGUGUGCUGUUCAUAGGCGGAAAUUGUUCCAUUGAAGAAACCGCAGUCCUAAAACUACCCUGUUUAUAUGGAAGUCCACAGCACAAUCUGCUGGAUAACCAGCCUCUUACUCCAAAUACAGCCUGGGUAGUGCUAGCAGGUGGACAGGACCGUAAGGUGGAGAAUUUAGAUUUUGAAGGCAUCGUAUUUAUUUUAAAAGAUUCGCCAGUAAAUCUGACACCGUUUUUAAAGUGGGGUUUAGAAGACAUGAAAUGUGAUCUCACACCGUAUUUCACAGCUGACACACAGAUUCUAUGGCCGGGCGUGACAAAUACAGAUAAUGGAGUUGAUUCUUGGUAUAUCUACACAGUAAAGCACAAUGGUGGAAAAUUUAGCGCUGCAACAUUUUUCACAAAACUUUCAGAGACACCAGAGAAGAAAGAAGAUGACAAACAUCAUGUGUUAGCUACUUUCAUGUUAAGCACCAGGACCCCUCGUGUCUAUGCAAGACUAAUGGACAGUGCGCUCCUGGAUUGUGCAUUCACUGUGGAUCACCGGGCGAACGUCUCAGUGACUUGGAAUUACCGAGGUAGAGGAAGUCAAGAAGGCAAAAUUCUUUCUUACAAUGGAUCCACAAAAAAACUGCAGUAUAACUGGAAAGGAGUUUCUAUGCAAGUAGAAGAAUUAGAGAACGGAUAUGCCUCGCUACUUCUCAGAAAUGUAGCUUUGAAAACUGAAGGACUCUUCAUCUGCACUGUGUCUGUAGCUUCUCUCUUCGCAGAGCAGCAGAUUCAUCUUCAAAUCAGAGAAAGACCCAACGUUAAACUAAAUGUGGACUCAGUAGUGACUCUGAAAGAAGGAGAUGAGCGGAAGUUUGUUUGCGAUGCCUCCAAUUACUAUCCACUGGACGUCAAUAUGGAAUGGCUGCGUGAGCUCCCGAGUACCGGACUGUUACCAUCUUUAAUGUUGAAUGUCAUCUACAGCAGCCACAGGAAAAAUCAUAAUGGGACUUACAGCCUUUCUGGUUCCUUCCUGUACAAAGCUUCCCUCCAAGACAAUGGUGUUACAUUCACUUGCCGUGUGGAACAUGAAAGUCUCAAGAAACCAAUCCGAAAUAGUGUGACGCUUAUAGUAUUACCUAAUGAUGAUUCUCCUGUUUGGAUGCUUGCACUAGUCGUCUUCCUGGUUCUUCUUCUUUUGUACUGCGUGAGAAUAUACUGUAGAGGUCUUCCACAAGACUUCAUGGCAAAUGGACAUAAAAUAGAGAAAUACAAACAAGAGAAAGCCAUAUUAAGGAGCAGUGGAAACAUAGUAAGGAGGUGUCCUCAGUGAGGAAACAAGCAAGACGUGCAUCUAACAUCUUUUCAGAAGAAGUGAAAAGUUUUAAAAGUGGGAAAAUGCAUCUUCUACAGUAGGAUUUUCCUAAAUUAGUUUCCCUCCAGUUAGAAAAGGCACCAUAACCACUACAACCCCAAAAAACAUGUGCAUAGGAAAAUAGAGGGGGGGGGGGGAGAAUAUUCUCUAUACAAGGGUUGUUCAGUUUUAUAUUUUUUUCCCGCAAAUUAAUAUUAUGCUUUUUGCAAUUGAAAGUUAUGCAGUUUUACACUGUAAUACUGUAUCAGUCCUUGCGAUUUUCAAGAUUUCUGCUUGCUCUCAUGCAACCCCUUUAAUAAAGGGGUUGUCCAUGAUAUGUGAAAACCUGGCCAGUGGCCCUAAAUGUGUUAAAAUACUAAAAAAUAUAUAAAAGAAAUAG